AUGGGCCGUCCUCGCAAAGAUGCACCAGCAUCUACCCACAAAACAACGAAGGGGGUUGGUGUCACGAUGAUGAAUGGGAAAAAAAUCGACCGACGGAAAAAAGAGUUCCGGAACCUCCCGAAAUCAAAAGCGAAGAAACAGAAACGAUACGGCCCACCGUCGCACAUAUUAAAAGCAACCAUCGCGCCGAAGUUUAAGGAAAUGAGAGAACAACAUCAGAGCUAUAAUAAUACUACCACGAAUAAUUCUUCUCGGGGGGUGAUGUUUAACAACGGAGGAGGAGGAGGAGGAUUAGGAGGAAAAGAGGAAGAGGAGUGCAACAACAACUACGCGAAGAAGUUUAACGAGGGAGAAGAAAAAGAAGACGAAGAAGAGGCGUGGAGAGAAUGCGACGUGGUGGCGAAAAAAGAGAACACUUCAAACGAGGAGAGAGCUGGAACGCCGACGCCGCCGACGACGACGCUUACUACUACGAAUAAUACGCACGCGACAGGAGGAGGAGGAGGAGAGACAACAACAACAACAAUUACAACAACGACGAAGAGCGAGGACGCGAACAAAGAAGACAACGCGAUGAUGAUGUCUCUGCAGCAGAAACGGAAGCGAGAGGCGUUGAGGAAAGAGGAGGAGGAGAUCGAGCGGAGAGAGAAGGACGACGCGAAGUGGAGACCGGUGUGUUUAUCGAGACCGACGAUGGCGAAAGGAAUCGAGUUGAUGGACGACGGGAGGAUGGUGGCGAGCUCACAGAAAGGGUACAGGUGCGUGCAAGGGACGCGAGGAGUAGAGCCGGUGGUUGUUUGCGAGGAGGAGGAGAAGGAGGAGGGGAUGAAAGAGGAUGACGAAACGAGGGAGACGACGACGACGGCGAGAUACUUUGAGGUUAAAAUAGAACAUUUAGGAGGGAGCGGGUGCGUUCGAGUAGGGUGGAUGACCAAACGAGGAGAAAUGAACGCACCGGUUGGAUUCGAUAACAAAGGAUACGGUUAUCACGCGGAGACUGGGUCGAAAUAUCACGAGGCGAGGCUGAAGACGUACGGCGAACCGUACGGCGAAGGCGACGUGGUUGGUUGUUAUUUGUAUUUAGACGAGAAAAUAGUGGAAAAGAAGGAACAGGUAAAUGCGCAAGAAACGAGUGGUGGUGGCGAUGAUGAUGGUGUCAAGAACGAGGAGGCGAAGAAAAAGCAAACACCCUCGACGCCAGAACGUAACAAGAAAAAUAGGAAAGGAGAAGAACGCUUGAAAGCGAAAGCGUUCGAGGAGAAUCAAAACUCGCCGAACGAAGGGAAAAUAGUAUUUUAUAAAAAUGGGAAGUGUCAAGGCAUCGCGUUCGAGUCCUUGCGGUCGUGCGUGCAUCCAAAGAAACCCUUGGAGUUGUCCGGAUACUUUCCUACGGCGGCGUUAUACACGACGCCGUUGCAAGAUCAGUCGCAACGGGCGAGAGUGUCGUUUAACUUUGGCCCAGAUUUUGCAUUCCCGAUUGACCCGGAGAAGGACGGUUUGCCCAAAUGCAGCGGAUUUUCUCCCGAUUUGGAUCCUCCGAAACCACCACCUGAACCACCUGUACCAGAGAAAAUAGAAAAUGGAGGAACGCAUGUGCCGGCGUUGGGAAGCGUCGAAAACGCUGUUAUUAAACUGGAAGAAACUGAACAAAAAGAAGAAGAAGAAGAAGAAGAAGAGAAAGAAGGAGACAACGAAAAAGUCAACUCUUGCGCAUCAGAAGAAGCGAAAGAAAAAAAAGAGGCGCCGAUGAUGGAGGUCAAACAAGAAGAAGAAGAUGAAGGAAAAGAAAAAGAAAAAGAAAAAGAAGAAGAAGAAGUGCGUGAGUUUGGUAAGCUUUCUGCUGCGGUGGAACCGGCGUCAUUUUUUCGAGGUAGGGAAGAUGCGCCUGGACCCGCGCGCGGCUUGGAUGCCUACGUCGUGGAAGCGAGUGCGUCUCCCAUCCAAAAUGAGGAGGAAGAUGUGGAAGAAAAGGAAGAAGAACUGCCUGAAGCCGCCGAAACGGCGACAACAAGAGACGACGAUACCCAGCACUUCUUCGAAAAUAUCGACGUGGAAACAAACAAAAGCGACGACGGAGGAAACAUCGGGUACGACUGGCUCUCUGGUUAA